AUGCUGAACAGAGGGAGGGAGGGCCUGUUUGAGCUGGGACAGCAGCUCCAGCAGCAGGGGGAGUACCAGGCCGCCCUCCACUGCUUCCUCAGCUGUCUGCUGGGACUGACCCAUGUGCAGAGCUUCACCUCUCUGCCCAACUGCUUACACCAGCCCUACUCCUGUUUUGUCCUGAGCACCACAGCCACUGAGGCAGUAGAGUUGAGAUCCUUUUGCCACUAUCCUCAUGGGAAGAAGGUGAAAGAUGGGAAGGCCCUCCAGUUCAUCCAGGCUGAAAAGAUGUUCUAUGAAGUGGCUCUGAUCGAGCUCACGGCUCUUCAGGGGAGCGCAGGCGAGCCUCAUCUUGCCCUAGAAUACAGUGGUAAAGCUACAAAGAUUCAUCAGAGGGCUUUUGGCAAUGACCAUCCAAUAACAGCCAGAAGUUUGGAACUGAUGGCCACUGUCUAUGCUGAGAUUGGCAAAACUGAAUAUUCAGACUCUCUGGGCCAGUGUGUCUCAGCUCUGUCCAAACGCUUCGCUGCUGCAGAGUCCCUAAGAGACACAGUCAACUGUCUUCCUCAUUCCCAUCGAGAGAAACACUCAGAGGUACGCCACAGAAAGGAUACACACCACCAACAGGAGGAUGCACCCAAACCUAAGGUUGCUGGUGGCAAAGUCCCUACCUCCAUUCUAAAGAGGCCAUGUCCUGGCCACAGGUCAGACACAGAUCCCAACCACAGAAGGAAAGGCGAGCGGAGGGUUCGAUUCAGGGAGCCAGAGACCACAGUACAUGCCUAUGAGACAACGCCGUCCCGCCCCCACCUUGCCCUCUUCACCUGCCUCUUCCUGCUGAUGUCAUGCCUGGGCAUUGCCAUGUACUGCACGGACCGCCGGCGCCCGCAGCGAGUGUGCGAGGACCUGGAGGCUGCUUUGGCCGUCUACCUGCUGCACAUGAAGCAGCUGCUCUGGGGCUGCUGGAUAUGGCUGACAAUGCAGUGACUGUGACAGACCACAGGUGGAAACAUGGAGCCUCAGUUCUCUUGUUUUUCAGAUUCUUCUUUUUUGUUUCCUAUAUUUGAAGGUGCCCAGGCCUACAAACACCUCAGCCGUUCCGGCAAGGCUCUGUACACAGGGCCAUGCAAAAAUACCACAGUGAAAAAGGGACUGUGUAAUCCCAGAAAUAUGUAGCUUCCAUGUGUGUAUGUAUUUAUGUACUACAGUGGAGGAUAUGCCACUGAAUAUUUAAGUUCUGAUAUCAUUUUGCACACUUGCAAUGUUGAUGCUCACAUAAGCUCACAUAACCACCCUAACUAUGUGAUUUUUUUAGUUUGCAUCACCGUCUAAUGCCUGUUGGUGAGUGUUUCCAUGGAAUGCAAAUACUUAUUUUGUUACAGUACAUGAUUUGUGUAUAUCAAAUAUUACACAGAAAUGAAUGUGUAUAUAUGGCUCAAUAUACUAAGGUCUAUCACUAUCAGUAUUUAGCCUCGUAAUUGCACAUUAAUGAAUGUAGAGAUGUUGUGAAAAGCCUUGGAAUGACACAUUGCACAUCUGAAAGGAGAUGUACAAACUGUUGAAUAAUUACCUUUGAGAAAGCAAACACAGGGCUGCAUCACUUCACAGUACCAGGCUGAAUGACUUAAAGAUGAAAUACAUCUUGUUCUUUCCAGACUGUCUGGUCAUGUAGAUUCUUAGUUCCACUGAGGAAAAAUCUGCAGCACAAUAUUACCUAUCAUUGAAUAGAAUAUACUUAAACUGAAUGAAUGCUAAUGCUUUUACCAGUUUCCCUCUUUGUAACUGCUUAAAUCACCCCAAAAAGCCUGUUAUGCUACGUGUUACAUAUUCUUCUAUACUGUAUGUCUGCAUUUAUGCAAAAAAUCCUACUUUUUGUUAUUUAAAAUGUUUGAACUUUUUGUUACCUUAGUGUUUCUAUUCAGACAAUAUUCAGGUUUUAAUUGUGAUGUCAAAUUCCCAUCUGGCUUUAGGCCAGUGAGUUUAGGCUAAAAUAAUAUUUAUAACACAUUUUGAAAAAAAAAAAAAAAACAAUAACUGCAACUUCUAUAUUUGAGACCAAACACAGAGACAGGACACGAUACUGUACGUUAUCAGAUGAGUCCUUUUAUCAAAUGCAGAAAACAAAAUUCAAACAGUCACACCAACACACAGGUGAGUUAAAUUAAGUCAAAGGGCACAGUGAUGCGCAUCCCCUGUACCUCUCAUUAUGAGCAAUAACAUACAUCAUGUAGUUUCCAUCAAAACAUUGCUCUCUGUAUAACAGGUGUCAGGGAACUCAAAAUGAGAAGGGUUGAGUUAUGGAAAUGUCCUAUUUGAAUAUCAAAGCAAUAUUUGGCUGAUAAUGCCUGUAUAGAGGAAAAAAACACUUGUGACUCUGUAUUGUCAAACUAAAUUGUCAUUAGCAAUAAAACACUACCUGGUAAACUCAUGUCCUGUAUAUGCACACUUAGCUGCUUUUCACUGUUCAAACACUUAUGGUUACUUUUAAAGAAGUGCCUUUAUGGAGGGUUUUCUUAGUUCCUACCGUUUUAUUGUUUCAAUUGUUUUGAAUAAAACUGUCAUUGCCUAUCAAAGUGUAGCAGCUGAGCAGCUUUCUUCCUGACAAUAAGCAAAUGUUGGAUGUGAAGUCAAAGGAACAGGAAUGCAUGCGGGUGUAUCUGUAUUUCAGAGUCGAUUAUAUUUUUGGCAGCCUAUAAUAUGUGUAGAAAGAAGCCUGAGUCACUACAUGGCACACAGAGGAGAAACGGUUUUCUUUUAUCAUACACUGGAUGACAAAAGCAGGUUUGGGUCAGCAGCUGAAUACACAAAUGUUAUGCAAUGCAAUUUGUCACAUUCUAUAAAACACUUUUUGUUGUGUAGAUACACUGCAAAAGCUCAUGUUAUGUUUCUUUGCUGCACCAUGCAAAUAAUUCUCUUUUCACCAAAAUAUAGAUUGCUCCCAAUGGAAGUCUACAUUUGGACUACAUUUGUUGGUGUAGACAAAGAAAAAAAACAUCUGGUUACAUCUAAAAAUAACACAGUUUUAAACUAUCAUGCAGUAGGUUCAUUAAAAGGUUUUACAAACACAACAUUAUUUAAUGGCCAAACUGUCUUGAUUAUAAAUACUGUGCUGUGAAGUACUAGAACUUCAUUAAUUUUUAUAUUAUCAGAUUUUGAGAGGGGGGGGGGGUUGUGUGUCUUCUAGUGAGCGGCACACAGUGGAUGAAUUCAUUGAAUCAAAGAGGUCUCUUCAAAGGUUAAUAACCAUCAGCAGUUUGUUUUUGUUGAGUGAGUGUCUAAAACAUCUGGAGAACAAAGGUGAAAUCCUCCAUUUGUUUCAAUCCAAGGAUACUGGAAGCAAAAACCAAUUGACUUUGAUUGUCUACACAGGCAAACAUUGGUGGAUCUCAUGGUAGGCAAGAGGAUCAGAGGUUAUGUGUGAGUGUGGUUGUGUUUGUGCAGCCUAUAGUUUCUAUAUAAGGCCGGUUUUGAGGUCAGUGCGGCGGCGUGAGGAAAGGCCCAGCAGCAGUUCCUUCUCAUGUAUCAGAGUGUCCAGCAGAUCCUCUUGUCUGUAGUUGUGAUAGACCUUCAAGAACGCCAUUACUGUGAUCCCAAGCCAGGUGAGCCAAGCAGCCCAUAGGCCAAACUGAGCUAUGGCAAACUGGUCAUAAAAAGCAGAGUUGUCCAGGCCAAGUUCUAGAUCUGUGUCCUGCAGGUCUUCACAGCUGCUGGGCAUGGAACCUCCCUCAGUCACGGCGUCACACCACAGGUUGAAGCCAACGCUGACUAUGGUGCUUGACAAGAAGACUGUAAACACCAUCAAGGAGCUGAUGAGCAGGUUGAGGAAUGCAUUGAAAAGUGAGUCGUCGUGUCCUUUGCACAGAAAAAACAGCAGCCUCCAGGCCUGCACUGCGGACAAGAUGAGGGAUGCUAUCCCGACAAAAGUGAUGAAGCUGCAGGAAGACUCGGGUCCCCACUCCUCCACGAUGAAGCGCUGCUUCGACACAGUGAUGUUCUCGUUUUGCCACAUACCGCGCGUGAACAGCAGGCAUUUCCCUCGGAAGUCCUCCGUGUUUUCUGACAGAGGCACAACGGCGAUGAAACCGAACACAAAGGCUAAAAAAUAAAGGAUGCACUGGGCGAAAAUCAAAUUAUCGAGGGCCAUUUUUCUGUCUCUUUCUGCUUUUCUCUCUGCGAGCCGGAGCCACUGCGGCUGCGCAGUGGUCCCGGAGAUGAGCGGAGGCGCAGCAUCCGACGCACUGUGCUGCACAUUAAUGAGCAGGCGGAGGCCUUCAGGGCUCUCCAUCUAAU